GGAAGAGCUAGCUCAGGCAGUCUCUGUCUUGUGGUUGGAUUCAGAGGGCAGCCUACUGGUUGAAUCCCUCCCCUGAGGACCGGGACUUCAGCUAUGAUCAGAGCAGACAUUUUUUAGGGGUUUACAAGGAGAUCAGGAUAAGGUAGUAAUAGGUUGGUGAACAGUUUGAGGACCAGAAUUUGUUCCUUUAGUUUUGAGGUGUAAAGUACAUCAACGUCCCAUCCUUGACAUCUGGUCCAGUGGCUUAGUUAACCAGUGUUGCAUCUGUUGGGAAGAGCUCGGGCUCCCUAGAGUCAGCUCUUGCUCUGUAGCUCCCUUAGGAGCAACUGUCAACAGAUCCAAGACUAAAGGGGCCCCAAGAUUCAAAGACUGCUCCAGUCUACUCUGGGGUUUCCAGCUGUUUUUCUUGGCCAGAUGAUCACACCCAUCGGGAUGCAGAUAGGGAGCAGGGAGCAGGAAGCAGGACAGUGAAGUCAGAUGAACUAGAGAGGAGGCAGAUCAGAUGUUACGGAGGACAUGAAAGUAAGCAUCAGCGGCCCAAACACUGGAGAGAGAACACCCGGAGAGGCAUCUUUUCAAGUGCAGGCUGUGCUGGGCAUGGGCUGGGCUGAAGCCUAGGCACACAGGCGCUAACAUCUGGACCUGGGAACAUGUCUGCCAACAAGGGCUGGUGGGUGCCACCUGAGGGUGAGGACAACCUGUCUGAGAAGUUCCUAAGGAAGACCAGGGAGUCUCCACUGGUGCCUAUAGGCCUAGGAGGCUGCCUGGUGGUAGCGGCGUACAGGAUUUACCGGCUGAAGGCUCGGGGUUCCACCAAGCUGUCCAUACAUCUGAUUCACACCCGAGUGGCAGCACAGGCAUGUGCCGUGGGUGCCAUCAUGCUAGGUGCCAUGUACACAAUGUACAGAGAUUAUAUGAAGAGGGUGUCAGAGGAUCCUGACAAGUAGAGGACUCCUGAGGUGGCAGGAUGGCCCAAUUUCCCAGCGGUCUCUAUAUGUGCCUAAUAAAGCCAUGUUGAAGAAA